AUGGAAGCAGAAGCAUCUAGCGCCGGAAAAAAACGAAAGCAUCCCGACAAUGACAUCAUAACUCUGAAUGUCGGUGGGUCGGAAUACACGACAACAGUGACCACCCUAACAUGUCGCUAUCCCGAGUCGUUCUUUGCUACCUUGGCGCGUUAUCAUGUUGAACACGAGCAGCCUUUCCGAGCCGCCAUGAAAGACAAUGAUGGACGAUUAUUCCUGGACGCUGACGGUCCGUCAUUUGGCAUGCUUUUGAACUUUUUAAGAUCCGGUUGUAUGGAUUUACAACAAUGCCAGAUUUUGGAAACUCUUCGCGCAACUGCGGACUAUUACAAUCUGCCUGAGGCAGUGCGUCAAAUUGACCUUGAAAUAUCCCGUCGAGACAAAAUCUCCUACUUGGAGGAACAAACCCGGUCGCUUCGCAAACAACUCAAGCAAUUGAGAGAGUACGUGGAAAAGAUCAAACCAGGAAAAUUGGUUGAUCCAAAGUUUGCCAGAAUGGGUGAGAAAGUGCAGAGCACAUUGGUUCGGUUAUCGGUGCAACAACCACGAUGUGGAAAGAUUGUUGGAAUCAGGCAGGAUGAGGUGUGGGUGCAAUGGGAAGAUCGAUCUGUCAGCAUCUGUAGAUUGCGGGAGAAAACCGGCGUAGGUUUGAAAUACGUGUGA